AUGUUCCGGAAGCUCGUCGGUUGCCCAGGUUGCCUCUGUCAUGAUUAUGAUCACAUCGUGCCUUACUCUAAGGCACUUGAUCGAUCUAUCUUGGAGACUAUACUCGAGAAGGAGACCUCCAAACAAAUAUGGGAUUCUUUGAAGAAGAAAGAUGAAGGGUCAGAGAGGGUGAAGCGUGCAGUGCUUCAAAGUCUAACAAGAGACUUUGAAACUCUGCAAAUGAAAUCAGGAGAGUCCAUCACUGAUUUCUUUGCUAGAACUCUGGGAAUAGCAAGCAAGAUGAGAUCCAAUGGUGGCACCAGGGAAGAACUCAAAGUUGUGGAGAAAAUUAUGAGAUCAUUGACUCUAAAAUUUGAUUACAUUGUCUGUUCAAUUGAAGAGGCAAAGAAUGUUGCUGAGUUACGAGUUGAUAAACUACAAAGCUCUUUGUUAGUGCAUGAACAAAGACUUAAUCACACCAUUGCUAGUGAAGAACAAACAGCUCUGAAAGCUUCCACAUUUUCUGAGCCCUCAAGUUCUGGAGGAGGAAGAGGUGGACGUGGUAGAGGAAGAGGUGGUUGA